AUGUCUACCGACGCGGUAGUCGAUCUGUCUUGGUUGAACGCCCUUAUCGAGAACGCGGGCGAUGUCGUCGACGAGGAGGGCGAUCGCCUCGCUUUGAGAAAGAAAUGUCAACGUCGUCCCGUGAGAACUGGAACGGUAAAUUCUCUCGUGUCCCGUAUUUUGAGUUUAGAGGGAAUAAGGAACGAGUUACGAUACCGAUUUGCCUGUUCCGGUGCCGGUCUUGGUGAGAGAUCGGGAUUGAUUUGGUCUGAAAUUGAGACCGCUUUUGACAAACGCGUGCUAACGGGCGCGGUCAUUAAUUCUCGUUAUAUCGAACCAAGCGAAUUUCUCAAGGACUCGAGAGACAUGGUGAUCGAGAAGGUGCGUGAACAGUUGGAUAGAUAUUCGUGUUUGAAGGUUAAUACUGUGUUUAAUGGGAAAUUCGUUGCCAAAGGUAAGAGCGCUGUUAAAAGUAUUACAACCGCGAACAAACAGCUGUUCGUUUUGACCGAUCUGCGUGAGUGGUACGAAAGAUUUGUGAUCCGCGCUAUCCUCACGUCACUCGAGGAGUUUCAAGAGCGCGAUAGCGGAUGGGCGCUGUCGCGUAUAUUGAAUUUGAACGUGAAUAUCAACAAAUGCGAUCCCAUGCAGGCGGGAUGCUGGUGCGACAUACCGUUCGUGAGACGUAAGAAAGCGGUGGUGAACGUGCGGUCGAACGAUAACGCGUGUUUCGCGUGGGCUGUUAUCGCCGCGAUGUAUCCCGCUGAUGAGAAUAGAGAGAGGAGCAGUUCGUAUCCCGAUUAUCGAAUGCACCUGAAGUUCGAUGGAAUAGAAUUUCCGGUUGCUCUGCGCGAUAUCACUAAAUUUGAACGUUUGAACAAUAUAUCCGUAAAUGUGUUUAUGUUUAAGGAACGUGAUAAAAAAAAGAUCGUUCCUCUACGUCUUACGGCUAACAAGAGAAAUCUUCACGUAAAUUUGUUAUACAUAUCGGAUACACGACGUAACGAUACGGUGGGCCAUUAUGUUUUGAUUACCCAGCUCUCGCGAUUGGUCUCGAACGAAAUAAACAAGACCCAAACCAAAAAGUUCAUAUGUGAUCGAUGUCUGCAUUAUUUUUAUUCGAUCGAGAAAUUAUCCGAGCAUACCGAGGACUGCGAAAAGAUGAACGAGUACGCGAUUGUUCUUCCCAAGGAGGAGGAUAAGUGGCUCUCGUUUCGCAACUACGAUCGAAAGGAGCGACUUCCGUACGUGGUAUACGCGGAUUUGGAGUGCCUUUUGGAAAAGAAGGACGAGGGGGAAAGCUUUAUGACAACGGAAAAUGGAUUCGGUUAUCAACGUCACAGAGCGUUUAGCGUCGGUUAUUAUGUUAGGUGCACGCUAAGCGAUGAGUCAUCGAUGUAUAUAUCGCAUCGCGGUCAGGACUGCGUUUCGUGGUUUGCGAAAGAAUUGAAUUCUCUGGCGCAUCGCGCGAAAGAUACUCUUGCCGCGGUCGCGCCUAUGUCGGAGUUGUCGAGGGAGGAGACGCGCGAUUUCGCGGACGUGACGUUUUGUCACAUAUGUGGAAAAAUAUUCCUGACGACGGAUCUACGUGUGCGUGAUCAUUGUCAUAUCACCGGGCGUUAUAGGGGUGCGGCGCAUUCGUAUUGUAAUUUAAAUUACCACAAUUCUUUUGUGAUUCCGGUGUUUUUUCAUAAUUUAUCUGGAUACGACGCGCAUUUUAUAAUUAAAGAAAUCGCAAAUGAAUACGAGGGUAGAGUUGAUCUGUUACCGUUGAACAAAGAGACGUACAUUUCUUUCACAAAGAAUGUAAGUUCUACGAGAGAGAAGAAGUGGCAUAAUUGUGUAAAAUUGCGAUUCGUGGAUUCGUAUAAAUUUCUAAAUGAAAGUCUCGGCAAAUUGGUGUCGUAUCUAGAUCGCGACGAUUUGCGAAUAAUGCGAUCGAUGUUCUCCGAUUUGGAUGACGAAGAUUUUGAAUUGCUCACGCGCAAAGGCGUGUUCCCGUACGAAUACCUCGACAGUGUCGAUAAGUUGCACGAUACGGAGUUACCGUCGCGCGACGCUUUUUACAGUUCGCUAACGGGAGAGGAGGUGUCCGACGACGAUCACAGGCACGCCGUUAAGGUCUGGGAGCGCUUUAACAUUCAAAAUCUAGGCGAAUACAGCGAUCUAUAUUUGAAAACGGACGUGCUACUCCUUGCGGAUGUCUUUGAAAAAUUUCGCGACAACAGCAUAGAUAGUUACGGAUUGGAUCCCGCUCAUUAUUAUACGUUACCCGGCUAUACGUGGGACGCGAUGUUGAAAUACACGGGUGUUCGUUUCGAACUUUUGACCGAUAUCGACAUGGUGUUGUUCGUUGAGCGUGGCGUGCGCGGCGGUCUUAGCCAGUGUUCGAAUAGAUACGCGCGUGCGAAUAACAGAUAUGUACCGUCUUACGAUUCGUCGCAACCGUCGUCGUUUCUUAUGUAUUACGACGUAAAUAAUCUGUACGGUUGGGCGAUGUGCCAACCGUUACCGUAUUCGUGUUUCCAGUGGCUCGACGACAUUACCAAUUUCGACGUAAUGUCGGUGUCCGCGGAUUCUUAUUUCGGUUACAUUCUCGAGGUAGAUAUCGCGUAUCCGCACGAGUUGCACGGCGCUCACGCGGAUCUUCCAUUUUGUCCCGUGCGCGCCACGCCUCCCGAUAGGCGGAACGUCAAGCUCCUGGCCACGCUUAACGAUAAGUCGCAUUACGUCAUACAUUAUCGCAACCUACAACAAUGUCUGCGACACGGGUUGCGCGUAACGAGGAUUCAUCGCGUGUUACGAUUCGCGCAAUUUCCAUGGCUUCGUGGUUACAUAGAAUUGAAUACGAGAUUUAGGAUUGGCGCGAAAAACGAGUUCGAGAGAAAUAUGUAUAAGCUAAUGAAUAACGCGGUUUUCGGAAAGACCAUGGAAAAUGUGCGCGAUCGUGUGGACGUGCGUCUCGUGACGAGUAGGGAUGGUAGACACGGAGCGGAAGCGUUAAUCGCUAAACCGAACUUCCACAGUAGAAGCAUCUUCGCUGAGGAUCUGAUGGCCAUUGAAUUGCGUCGCUUAGAGGUGACGAUGAACAAACCGUUGUACGUUGGUAUGACUAUUUUAGAAAUAGCAAAAACGCGCUUAUACGAAUUUCAUUACAAUUAUAUGUUGCCUUUGUAUCGAGACAAGUGUAAAAUCAUGUACACGGAUACGGACAGCUUGAUAUAUUUCAUCGAAUGUUACGAUGUGUACGAGGAUAUGAAACGUUUUAUCGAUCGAUUCGACACGAGCAACUUUCCGGAGAAUAAUCCGUACACCGUGCCGUUUGUGAAUAAGAGUGUGCCGGGUUUGAUGAAGGACGAGAAUUGCGGCGCUAUUAUGACGGAAUUUGUUGGUUUGAGGGCGAAGAUGUACGCCACGAGAGUUUUGGGGGGUAGGAACACGAAGAAAAUUAAGAGUGUGAAGAAAAAUGUGGUGGAGAGAACGAUAACGUUCGAUGAUUUUACGCGAUGCCUACGAAACGAUAUAGAAAUGACGCGUCGUCAGUCGAGCGUGCGAUCCAGGCUGCACGAGGUUUACACGUUCUCCGAAAUGAAAAUCGCUCUUAGUCCGUACGACGACAAACGGUAUAUCCCGCCCGAAUCGACGGAAACUCUGCCGUGGGGACAUUAUAGGGUGUCUCAAUAA